UUCUCCCCACUUUUUCCGAUUACAUCGAUUCUUUUUAAAGCACGCGAACACAACCCGACUCAGACCGCGAGGCCAGUGGAAGGAGCGCAGGGUGACAUUUGGAGAGGACACUGGGUGCUGAGGCCACGAAGCCAGUAAGGAGACAACCCCCGCUUCACGAGAGAGAAAGGAGCAGAGGAUGUCCAGAGCUGACUGGUCCUUCCUGGAGCACCUGCUGGAGGAGGGCCAGGAGUAUUCAACAGGCAUUGGCCGUGUCUGGCUUACCGUACUGUUCCUGUUUCGCAUGCUGGUACUGGGAGCUGCCGCCGAAUCUGCCUGGGAUGAUGAACAAGCUGGCUUCGUCUGCAACACGGUACAACCUGGCUGCACUGCUGUGUGCUACGACAAAGCCUUCCCCAUCUCCCACUUUCGCUACUUUGUCCUCCAAGUCAUCUUUGUCUCCACGCCGACGAUCUUCUACUUCGGAUAUGUGGCUAUAAGGGCUGCAAAGGACAAGAAAAAUGAGGAGGAAAGGAAUAAGACACAGGUGGAAGAAGGAGGCGGUGAGAGUAACAGAAGAGAUAUUGUAAUAGAAAGGGACAAUAACAAUAUGACUAAAGACGAUGCAGAGGAGGAGCAAAAACAACAGGAUGGUGGGAAAGGCAGAAAAGCUUACAAAGCUGCUCCAGAGGCCCCUAAACUGAAAGGCAGGCUUCUGUGUGCGUAUGCAUUCAGCAUCCUGCUAAAAGUCCUGCUAGAAGCUGGCUUCAUCGCAGGGCUGUGGUUCCUUUACGAUGGCUUCUUAAUGGCAGCAAAGUUUGAGUGCACAAGGCUCCCUUGUCCCCAUACGGUGGACUGCUUUGUCUCUCGACCCACGGAGAAGACCGUCUUCACCAUCUACACUCAGGUGAUCGCUGCCAUCUCCCUGAUUCUCAACCUCUUGGAGCUCCUCCACCUCCUUCAGCUUGCCAUCUCCCACCAACUAGAGAAACGCUACCGCAUCCAGCUCCAGGACCUCCGGCCUCGGGCAGAGCAUGUUACAGCGCAAGAGGAGGCUUCAGGACUCCAAAUGGAUGUGUCACAGUCUUACAAAGCAGGGAGCCAUGUUGACCUCCCCAUCCAGGGUGAGGCUGCGUGCUACCCCAACCCCUGCGAGAGCUACAGGGAUCUGGCGAUAGAGGUGAACUGGGGACCCGGGGAGAAUGGAAGUGACAUGCUUCCCAGUUAUGUGAACUGCAUGGGUGCUAUGAGGACAACACAUUCCCCUAAAGUCCAUUAUAAGAAACAUGCAUACCACACUGGGCAAAACACUAAGGGUGCUCGUAAGGGACACUCAAAACAGAAGCAUUAUGUAUGAUGCAGUAAGAAGGGGAAAUGUUUAUGACUGUGAAAGCUGUGUUUGGUUUGUCAGUCUUCCAGCUUUUUAUAAAUGUUAUCCUGCACAUGACACUUGACUAUCAGGAGUGCGCGGUGAAGGCUCAAACGAGGGAGAAAUGAAGAACAACUAUUGCACUGUGAACUCCAUGCCUCAGAGGCAGGCAGACAUUCAAACAGUCAUUUACCAGAUGAAUUGACCUAUUCAAAACUAAACAUUUUGAGAGCACUGCCCAAGGCCAAGAAAAUGAGACUCCACAAUGAGAGAAGAUCCAGUCAUAAGAUGCCUUCAUGUUACAUUUAAUGGCUUAUAGUGUUGAAUGUGACAGUGGGAAGGAGGGGGGGGGGGCUCUCCGGGGUCUGCGGAGGGCUAUUCUGUGAGGGAGAGUAUGACGCAGAACCACAUUUGAGCGUAUUCCUCUGAGAUUUGCACUGUAACCCCUGGAGUUCUUUGAAACCCCCUCCUCUCCCCAUGGCUGUGUUCACACUGUGGAAUGUACUGGUCUCUGGAUCCUGCUCAGCUCCCAAGAGGAUAAUGGCUGCGUGGAUGCAGGCAUGCAUGCAUGCACACACACAAUGUAUUUCCCCCCUUUCACCCAGUGAGUUUUGGUCACUCAAGUUGGGGUUAUGGACUGGGGGAAGAGAAGGGGAGCCAAACCAUGAGAAUGCUGGGAUUGUAAAUGCCUCUUCAUUGCCAGUGACCAAAUUAUUUUAGCUAUGAAGAAAAAAGGGAGAGAGAAGACCACUGCAUACUAGAUUGCGAGGGCUGAAUAAUGGAACAAAAGCAUCCAGUUUGAAACUCAAACCUUGAGAUAGAACUUAAAAGAUGCAUUGGUGGUUGAACAUUGAAUGGACUGAAAGCGGUACAGAAAUGUGCAAACUUAAUGAAAGGAAAUGACUUAACUAUGUGAAAACUGUAUUUAAUGUUUCAAGUUUAAAGUAUUUUGAAGAAAUAUCAGUGCUAAUAUUUAUUAUUUUGUUUAAAAUAAAGUUUAAAGUACCAUAGAUUUAUUAAGACACUUUCAAUUUAUGAUGUAAUUAUCAUAUGAUCACUCAGCAAAUUAAAACAUUUUGAAUCAA